AUGUCAGCUAUCCAGAACCUCCACUCUCUCCACCCCUUUACUGAUGCAAGAAAGGGUGAUGGCCUGCUUCCUGCUGGCACAGAGGAGGACAUCCAUAUGAGAAUUCAACAGAGAAACGGCAGGAAGAAGACCCUGACAACUGUCCAAGAGAUCGCUGAUGAUGACGAUGAAAAGAAACUAGUGAAGGCGUUUAAGAAGAAAUCUGCCUGCAAUGGGACUGUAAGUGAGCAUUCAGAAUAUGGAGAAGAAAUUCAGCUCCAGGGUGACCAGCGCAAGAACACGUGCCGGUUCCUGAUGGAGAUCGGACUGGCUAAGGACGAUCAUCUGACGGCUCAUGGGUUUUCACAAAAUGAGAUGAGACCUCACUCUGCCCGAGGCUCUGUGCCAGCCGCUGUGAGGAAGCCGAAGAAACACCAUGUGAUCGCCAUCUCCGAGGAGUUUGAAGGUUUGGAUGAAUAA